GUGUGUCAACAAAGUUGUUGUAAGGUGUUGUGAACGGUGAGAGAUAUAUCGCAGUCAACAAAAAUAAUUGUCGGCAUCUCUUGUGAAGCAAAACUUCAUUUGAGACAAGCACGUAGUCAAAACAAGUACGUUCCUGAUAAGCAAUAUUGUACUUAUUUUGAAUCGUUGAUGUGUGUUAGAUGAUAAAUGUGAUAGAUGAUUUUGUAGAGUUGUGUAAAAAUUAUCAUAUUUCUGCCGCAGAGAAACGUCACACAAUGACAAAAACAGUGCAAGUGAUCGGUUCGCUGUUGCUGUUUUGUAGCAUUGCAACAGCUAAAUUUAAAUUUGAAGAGGAAACCUGCCACUCUUUCGGUCCAGAUGCUCAUGUUUAUCCGCAAACAACAUCGACAUUAGAUCAUAAGUUACAGUACACCAAGGCAGUCAUUUCCAGACCGGCACCGAGCUUUGAAGGUACAGCAGUUAUCAACAACGAAUUUACUCAGAUCUCAUUAUCGGACUAUCUCGGGAAAUAUGUCGUCUUCUUCUUCUAUCCACUGGAUUUCACAUUUGUAUGUCCGACCGAAAUUCUUGCCUUUUCUGACCGCAUUGAGGAAUUCAAGAACAUUAACACCGAAGUAAUCGCCUGCAGCAUUGAUUCCCAUUUUACGCAUCUGGCAUGGAUAAAUACACCACGGAAAGAGGGAGGACUAGGUAAGGUAGCAAUACCACUGCUCAGUGACAUGUCCCAUCGGAUAUCGAAGGAUUAUGGCGUUUAUUUGGAGGAUUUGGGUCACACCCUCCGAGGUCUUUUCAUCAUUGAUCAUCGUGGUAUCUUGCGACAAAUCACGAUGAACGAUUUACCGGUUGGCCGAUCCGUCGAUGAGACACUGAGACUGGUGCAAGCAUUCCAAUAUACUGAUCAACAUGGAGAAGUAUGUCCGGCAGGUUGGAAGCCAGGUGGCGCAACGAUCGUUCCGAAUCCCAACGAAAAGAAGAAAUAUUUCGAGAAGACUAAUCAGUGAAUCACAGUGUGUUCGUUACAUACCUAAAAUAAAAAGAUUUCUUUUUGUACUGAAA